UAUCUUUGCUAAUUACUGCAUUCUGACAGACGCUAAUUUCAGUCCCCAAAUACAUCCCCACAGACCUCACUUCGCUCUUCCAUGGCGUCUUCUUCUUCUUCCUCGAGUUGGGGGUUGUGGUUUUUCCUCUUCCUUUCUCUGUUUUUCUCUCUAGGAGAUUCUCUCACCUGUUCUUCAAGGAAGUUCUCUAACAACAAUCUGUAUUCUCACUGCUCCGAUCUCUCUUCCCUGUCUGCUUUCAUUCAUUGGACUUACGAUUCUUCCAAUUCUUCUCUUUCUGUUGCCUUUGUUGCCAAACCUUCCACAUCCGCCGGAUGGAUCGCUUGGGCUGUCAAUCCUACUUCCACUGGUAUGGCUGGCUCUCAGGCUCUCGUUGCCUAUCUCCAAGGCGGCGUUCCGGUUGUCAAGACUUAUAAUGUUGUUUCUUACGACUCUGUCAAGCCUUCCAAGCUUUCUUUCGAGGUUUGGGAUGCGACGGCGGUGUUUUCCGGUGGAGAGUUGAUGAUUUUCGCGAAAUUGAAGGUGCCUGAGGCGGCUACAGCGGUGAAUCAGGUCUGGCAAGUUGGACCGUCUGUUGAUGGAACGGAUUUGGGCGUUCAUGAGUUUAAACCUCCCAAUCUCAACGCUAAAGGAACCCUAGGUUUGUCUGGCGGCGGGACAAACUCCGCCUCUAGUGGCGGGAAAAUUGAUUCGCGAACCAUGAGGAAAAAUAUUCACGGAGUUCUAAACGCAGUGAGUUGGGGGCUUCUGUUCCCAAUCGGAAUCGUUAUUGCGAGGUACCUUAGGGUUUUUCCGUCGGCGGAUCCAGCGUGGUUUUAUCUUCAUAUUUCGUGCCAGAUUUCCGCGUACGCCAUUGGAACGGCUGGUUGGGCGACUGGAUUGAAGCUUGGGAGUGAAUCGGAAGGGUAUGUGGUUUACGAUCACCGGAACAUCGGAAUUGCUCUGUUCUCCAUGGCAUCUUUGCAGAUGUUGGCACUGUUUUUGAGGCCAAAAAAGGAGCACAAAUACAGGAUAUAUUGGAACAUAUACCACCAUAGCAUAGGAUACUCCAUCUUAAUCCUAAGCAUCAUCAACGUGUUCAAAGGGUUCAAUGUGUUGAGCCCCGCCCACAAGUGGAAACUCGCCUACGUGGUGGCCAUCGCCGUCGUCGGCGGUGUUGCUGUCGUCUUGGAAGCCGUUACUUGGCUCGUCGUCUUCAAGAGGAAGCCCUCUACCUGAACCCCUUCUUUUCCUUUUUUUUUUUUCUUUUUAAAUUAUUAUUUUUAUUUAUUACGUUGUUGUGAGGUUAAUUAUCGUUAUUAUUA